CAUCCAAUCAGCUGACAGCGAUAGAACUAUGAUUAUUUUUCCAUGGUGUAAUUAAUCAAAACUGUGUAAAUUAUUACAUAAAACAACCCUCAAGUGUGAUUACCUAGUGUUUUUUGUGUUUAAUACUGUAUAUCCCACUUAUUGUUGUGAUGCCAACCAUAUUAUUUUCAUGCUUCAGUGAAAACAUCACGCAGCUAUCGUAAAAAGACAGAAACAUGGACGAACCAUUGGCUCAAACAAAAAAAUUGAAAAAAUACCUUGACAAAAUAUCUUAAGCUUGAUAAAAAUUAAAAAAAAAUAGUUAAUAUUGAGAUCAACCUAGUCUCAAAGUGAUCAUUAAAUAUAUUAAGAAAUAGAAAUUAUUUAAAAAAAAGAAAUACCAUUUAUUUAUUUUUUGUUGUAUUGUUAAUUCCAUUUUUGAAAUUUAAUAGUUUCUGAAACUAGAUAAUUCUAAUUUAAAAAAUCAUAGACUAAUAAUAUAUAGAAAGACACAGAGUAAUUAGAUUAUUACCAAAGAGUGUAAAUAGAUAUUUAAAAAAAAUAGACGAGUACAAAAUACGUAGAUGCUUUUAAGUACAUGGCGUAAUACGAAUAUAGAGAGGGAUAGAAAUACGGGGGACUGUAAGAGGGACAAGGACAGAAUGGCCGCUACGAUGGUGGAGACGCCUCCUCCCCAGCUCAUCACGACGAUAGAAUGGAGUAUGAUGGACAAAAGCAAAUUUUUUCCACUGUACACACUAAGUAGUUUUACAAUACGAUGCGCGCUCUACCCGCUCACACUAGUGAAGACUCAGCUACAAGUUCAAAGAAAGAAGGAGGCUUACAACGGCGUGAUGGACGCCAUCACCAAGAUUUACAGGACCGAGGGCGUCUCUGGGCUUUAUAGGGGCUUCUGGUUGUCCAGCUUUCAGAUAAUAUCGGGCGUGUUCUACAUUUCAACGUACGAAGGCGUGCGGCACGAGUUAGGAAAAUAUGACAUAAGCCCCAAAAUGAAGUCGUUCAUAGGCGGCGGCUGCGCAUCCAUCGUGGGCCAGAGUAUAAUAGUUCCGUUUGACGUGCUGAGUCAGCAUCUGAUGGUGCUGGGGCUGGUGAAGACUCGCGCGGGCGGUAGCAGGAAUCCGAAAAUCAACCCUCUCGGCCUCGACCUCGACGCGAAGAUGUCGCGCGCGGCGCUCGCCCGCGAGGUGGCGCGCCGCGUGUACCGCGCGCACGGCCCGCGCGGCUACUACCGCGGGUACGCCGCCUCGCUCGCCGCCUACGUGCCCAACUCCGCGCUCUGGUGGGCGCUGUACACAGCUUACCAAGAUGAGCUGUACCGCGUGAGUCCGGCGUGGGUGUCCACGCUGCUGAUUCAGUGCGUGGCGGGCACGCUGGGCGGAUUCACCACCACCAUAUUGACCAACCCGCUGGACAUCGUCCGCGCUAGGCUACAGGUGGAAGGCGUAAGUUCCAUGCGGCAAGUAUUUAAAGACCUAUGGCACGAAGAAGGUCUCAGUGGGCUAUACAUGAAGGGGCUCUCAGCGCGGCUCGUCCAAUCAGCCUGCUUCUCCUUCAGCGUCAUCCUGGGUUACGAGAGCAUCAAGCGGGUGGCCGUCAGCGAGGAGUUCAGGCCCAGGGUGCGCUGGUGACAGAAAUAAAUCGAUGAUGCUUA